CAAAAUACACCACGCGCCAUCAUGUCGUCCAUGCGCAACGCAGUCCAAAGGCGCAACCACAAAGAGCGCGCCCAACCACUCGAACGCCAGAAAUGGGGUCUCUUGGAAAAGCACAAGGUCCGUUGUUGUCUUCGUUUCGUUCAGCGAUUGGAUUCUUCUAUGGAGAAUUCAUCUACGAGCUACAAGNACUACUCCCUCCGUGCAAAAGACCACAAUGAAAAGAAACGCCGCCUCAAAGUCCUGCGCGAAAAGGCCGCCCAACGCAACCCCGACGAAUUCGCUUUCGGCAUGAUCUCUAGAGCCACAAAAAAGGGCGUUCAACAAUCGACAAGAGGAAAAGACAACGGCUCGCAAACGCCCAUGAGCAUGGAUGUUGUAAAGUUGCUCAAGACACAAGACGCCGGUUACCUGCAGACCGUUCUGCAACAAACCCGUCGCGCCAGAGAAAAGAUUGAGAAGCGAGCUGUCUUGAUGACUACUGGGGUCGAUGCGUCUAGCAUAAGCAAGAGAAAGGUGUUUGAUGACAACGGUGACUUGAUUGAGGAGACCACGGCGCAGUCUGAUUUUGACGACGAUGACGAUAUGGAUCUGGACCUCGACGAUCUGGCAGACCUAGGCGACCUUGAUGGACUCGAUGAUCUCGAUGGUAUUGGCGGAGAUGGCAGUGGUAGCGAAGACGGCAAGAGCGAGGAUGAAAAGAGCGACACCAAGGGCCUUUCAAAAGAAGAUAUCAGGCAGCGACGGAGAAAGAGACGCGCUCAGGAGGUGCUGCAAAACCAUCUCGAAGCACUCAAAGACCGUGAGCGCGAUCUGUCUGUAGCCCUGGGCCAGCUCCAGCAUCAGCGGGCACGCAUAAACAACACCGUCGGAGGCGUCAACAAAGAGGGUGUCAAGUUCAAGGUCAGAGAGAGGAAGCGUUGA